AUGGCCGGGCCCGUACGACAACCCAUCGACCUGGCCUCGUUUGAGAGGUACGUCGACAACAAUGUUCCGCAGAUCAAGACCCCUCUGGAAUUGAAACAGUUCGGCUUCGGCCAGUCGAACCCUACAUACCAAAUCAUCGACGCAACCGGAGCGAAAUAUGUCAUGCGUAAGAAACCUCCUGGGAAAUUACUGUCGAAGACCGCACACCAGGUGGAUCGAGAAUAUAGAAUUAUCAAGGCACUCGGACAAACCGACGUCCCCGUACCCAAAGCGUACUGUUUAUGUGAAGAUGACAGUGUCAUCGGCACGGCAUUCUACAUCAUGGAGUUUCUGGACGGAAGAAUGGUCACGGAGCCGCAUUUCCCUGGGUUCAGCGCGCAAGAGAGGAUGGAAAUGUGGCGCGAUGCUGUCCGAACGCUGGCGAAGUUCCACCGGGUGGACUUCCACAAGGUCGGCCUUGCAGACUUUGGUCGACAUGGCGGAUUCUAUGAUCGUCAGUUGAAGACGUUCGGCACGUUAUCGAAGGCCCAGGCUGCGGCCGAGGACGUCGACACUAAGAUCCCUGUUGGGGACAUUCCGCAUUUCGAUGAGAUGGUCGACUUCUUCAAGCAGAAGUCGACACAACCCAAGGAUCGCGCAACGUUGAUCCAUGGAGACUACAAGAUCGACAACCUGGUCUUUCACAAAACCGAGCCACGUGUCAUUGGCAUUCUUGACUGGGAGAUGGCAACGAUCGGACAUCCUUUAUCGGAUUUCGUCAAUCUUACGGCUCCAUGGGCCUGGGUUGGAAGACAGACCGGAUCAGCCGAUUCGGAUAGAGCGAACGAAGCGUUUCGGUCUGGGGUUACUCCUGGCUUACCUUCGUUAGAACAGGCCGUGAAGUGGUAUGCGGAGGAGUCAGGAUACGACCCCUCCCCCGAGCUUGCUUGGGGCACCGCAUUUGGAGGAUUUAGAGGGGCUAUCAUCAUGCAAGGGAUUGCGGCAAGAUAUGCUCGCCGGCAAGCAAGUGGCACAACUGCCAGACAGUACGCGGCCCAAAUGGGCCCGUAUGGAGAGUGGACAUACGGACUGGUGAAGCGGUUGAAGGAUUCUUUGGAAGGAAAAGCAAAGCUGUAG